GGAAUAUUUGGUGUGACAUGUUACCUCUUGUUAGGCGUGGCAAAAAAAACGUGUGUGGUUGAAAAAGUGAUAUUUAUCACGCACGAGCUAUUUAAGACGGGCUCUUUUUCCAAACAGGAAAAACCUCAGCUUCCCUAUGGAUGGAACAGUUGAUCUGCUGCUUCUGUCUUCACAUUAACACAAACGAAGAGUGUAUGCACUAUUGAGCUGAAGUCAAGCCCCUUUCAGGGAGCAGAAGUCUCUCAUCACAUCCUUGUGCCUGUUGUGUUAUGAAAAAGGAUGAAGCUGCGAUUGCACUUUGUGGUGGACCCCAUGGGCUGGUUCUGCCUCAGCGCAGUGCUGUUCAUCUGGAUCUACAACACCAUCCUCAUUCCCAAGCUCGUGCUGCUGCCACACUAUGCUGAAGGACACAUACCUGGAGCAUUAGUUGUCUGUUACUACCUAGCGUCACUCUUGUGUGUGUCUGCAUUGUUAAGGGCUUCCACUGCAGACCCGGGACGACUCGCUCAAGACCCCAAAAUCCCCUUAGCAGAACGUGAACAAUGGGAGUUGUGCAAUAAAUGCAAUCUCAUGAGACCAAAGAGGUCGCACCACUGCAGCCGCUGUGGACACUGUGUGCGCCGCAUGGAUCACCACUGUCCCUGGAUUAAUAACUGUGUUGGAGAAGAUAACCACUGGCUCUUUCUUCAGCUGUGCUUCUACACUCAGGUCCUGAGUCUCUACACUCUUGUGUUGGACUUCUGCCAGUACUACUACUUUCAGCCCCUGGUUUCAGUGGACAAGGAGUUAUUUACGGUUCGUCAUGAGCUGGCGCUCUUGCGCGUGUCCUGUUUCAUGGGAUUGUUUAUGUUCGGAGGAAUGAGCAGUCUCUUCUACUCACAGAUCAUAGGAAUCCUUUCUGACACAACCACUAUAGAGAAAAUGUCUCACCUCUCAGAGGGGAUCAGUGCUCAUCGGUCGUGGCAGCAGUCGUUGGCCGAGGUGUUUGGCACGCGCUGGAAGCUCCUGUGGUUCCUGCCGUUCCGAAGCAGACGGCCACUGUACUUGAGUUCCUCCUCCCACUCGCACGUGUAGCAAAGCAGAGGCUGGUGCUGAUGACGUCAACCUGCUACUUUACACUCCUUUCUCUUCUCCACUUGUCCACUAUGUCACUUGACUGUGGCCUAACACUUCCAAGGUACCAAAAACUGCAGUUUUCUUCAGGUUGUGCUCAGUUAAGACCUUGACCACAACUAAUACCAUCCCUCUUAUUCCACGGCCAAGCUCUUGUCUCAUGGUGUUAUUGCAGUCGACUUCUGAUUUUGGUAUUGUGUGGGGUUUUUUUUUGU